AUGAAGUGUAUCUCAGGAUAUAUAAUAUUAUUAAUAUCUUACGUCUAUUUUGCAAAUGCAUUACCAUUUUUCUUUCAUGGACGUCCUCGUGGUGGUAUGCUUGGUUCGCCAAAAGUAAGCAAACUUUCAAGUUUAAAAAUAGAUCCAAAAGAUGAACAAUGGUAUACUCAGAAAUUGGAUCAUUUUAAUCCAGCUGAUAGUAGAACAUGGCAACAGAGAUAUUUUGUUAAUGAUAAAUAUUUUAAAACAAAUGGUCCUAUUUUUUUGAUGAUUGGUGGUGAGGGAUCAGCUGAUCCCAUAUGGAUGGUUGAAGGACAAUGGAUCAAGUAUGCUGAAGAACACCAGGCAUUAUGUGUCAUGUUAGAACAUCGAUUCUACGGUAAAAGUCAUCCAACUGAAGAUCUUAGUGUUUCGAAUUUACAAUAUUUGUCGAGUGAACAAGCUCUUGCUGAUUUGGCAACAUUUCAUCAAUAUAUUGUUGAAAAACAUAUGUUGUCAAAUAAAAAUCGAUGGAUAUCAAUCGGUGGAUCAUAUCCAGGAUCAUUAUCGGCAUGGUUUCGUCUAAAAUAUCCUCAUCUUGUUUAUGGUGCUCUUGCAGCAAGUGCUCCAAUGUGGGGUUUAGUUGAUUUUCAAGACUAUUUGGUUGUUGUUCGCGAUUCACUUUCAUCAUACAGUGAAAAAUGUAACGGUGCCAUUAACGAGGCAAUAAAUGUUAUUCAGGACAUGGUGAAAUCACAGACUGGACGAGAUACUUUAAAGAAAGUUUUUCGACUAUGUGAUGCAAUUGAAACUCAAGAUGAUGUUGAUAAUUUUUUUGAAGCAGUGGCAGGAAAUUUCGAAGGUGUUGUUCAAUAUAAUAACGAUAAUCGAGCGUUUGAGGGAGCAUUAGGUACAAAUAUAACCAUCAAAGUUGUUUGUGAUACAAUGCUAGAUUCAACACUACCAGAUCCAUUUUCACGAAUUGUUAAAGUAAAUGAUAUUCUGAUGGCAGUUUAUAAUCAAUCAUGUUUGGAUGCCGGAUAUCAGAGUAUGAUUUCACAAUUGUCAAAAACAUCUUGGAAUGAUUCAGCGUCCGAAGGAGGACGACAAUGGACAUAUCAAACAUGUGUUGAGUUCGGAUUUUUUCAGUCGUCUAAUAGUACCAUGCAACCAUUUGGCAAUAAUUUUCCAGCUUCAUUUUUUGUUAAACAAUGUGCAGAUAUAUUUGGAGCAACGUUCAGCGCAGAUCUACUCACGAAUGGUAUUGCAUUUACAAAUUCUUAUUAUGGUGGUGAAAUGUUUCAGGGAUCAAGAGUUUUGUUUAUCAAUGGUGCUAUUGAUCCAUGGCACGCACUAAGUUUUACAUCAUCGCCGCCGAAUAAUAACAGUUUUAUUUUUAUGUCAACCACUGCGCAUUGUGCGGAUAUGUAUCCUGAUUCAGAUUCGGAUCCCCAAGAGUUAACUGAUGCCCGAAAAAAAAUAAGUUCUACAAUCGGUGAAUGGCUACAGUGA